AUGGCGUGGAAGCUGGCCGACGAACUCGCCCUAUCGAUCGAGAAGAUGCUAAAAGCUCACCACUACGAACAGUUCGAGAAGCUCUGUAAGGACCGAAAGAUCACAAAGGGCAUAAAGAGCCUGCUUUCCGAGGCUCUCAACAUUUCCGAUGAGUUCCAUAGAAAAUGGCUUGCCGUGAAGAACACCAGGAAAUCAGCGGGACCCACGAAAGACUUCAAGGAGUGGACACUCAACUGGGAAGGCAUGGACGAGAUUAUCACCAAGACGGUGGAUUAUUCCAGGAUCUUCCUUGAAGGCGAGAGACAGCGGGCAAAGCCGAAUGUGAAAGGCCUGGCAGACCUCAGGGACAAACUUGCCGAACUCAAUAAGAAGUGGCAAGAGAUCAAGGACCUGGAUCAUUGGAUUACCGCUCGACUGCAACAUUGA